UGCAGCUCUGUGAAUGCAGAGGAUCUCCCUCUACAGCCUCAGAACUGUUGGCUGUGCUGUCAGAACCCUGGGAGGUUUGUGAUCCCUUUUUAGCUUUGCUUUAAUGAGGGUCUAGGUUUAAAAUCCUAACGCUGCUUUAACUGGAAACACCUGUAUUAAUAAUCCACCUGAGUCCAAAUCCAGUUUUGUGUAUUCAUCUCACUAUAAAAAAAAUCACAGGACAGACAUUGUUAAGCUUCUUCAAAGAUUUUGUAACACGAGGGUGGAGGGGAACGAAGAAAACUCUAUUAGCAAUUGAUUUAAAGUGCUGAAACAGUAGAUCCUGUGGUAAGGAACUGAUGGGUGACUCAGAAAGGACGUUAUUUUAGCAGUAUUUGAGGCUAAGCAGGGACUGUAAAAUCCACAUCUGCCAUAGAACAAAGAUAUCUGCCAAGUCAAAUCCAGCGCAGUGAAAGAGAUGCAGCAGCUUGGGCUUUUUGUGCUCAGUUGGAGAAGUUGGAAGGUAGAGGGGAGCGGGGGCGAGGAGCUCUUAUCUUACAGCAAGGAACAAAGGAGGAUGUUCAGAUAGAUAAUCAUCCCUCUGGAAUGAUGAUACAUGCAAAAAUGAAUCCAUCUGAGCUGCGUCUCCCAGCCAUCAGCACCCGAGGGAAGUUUCCAACUCAGAAUUUCGAUCCAAAGGAAAAAUUGUGUUUUCUGAGUGCUGUCCUCAUCCUUCGGUCCUGCGCUGUUGGCAAUGACAAUCUUGUGUCUAAUGAGCUCUUCUGAGCUGUAAGUAAUUCAAGGCCAGGCUGGAUGUGGCUCUGGGCAGCCUGGGCUGGUGGUUGGCAACCCUGCACAUAGCAGGGGGUUGAAACCAGGUGAGCAUUGUGGUCCUUUUCAACCCAGGCCAUUCUAUGGUUCUGUGAUAAUGCUGAAUGCAUUUCCAAGAGAGCGUUGCAGUUGGACACACUUAGCAAAGUUAUUUCAAAAUUAGAGUUAACAGCAUCCUAAGACCAGACUGGCAGCUGUGAUACAUUGUUGUAAUUCCCUUUAAACUCUCGUAAGUGUUGGACACAUUUUCCUCCUAAAGAUGUGUAUGUCUGGCUUACCUCCCAGUGCCAGGAGAGUGCAUCUUCCAGCAGUACCCUGCAGAUCCAGGCUGUGUGUGUGUGUGCUCCUUGAGCUGGAGCAGCACUCCCAUCCGACCCAUCCUCCUCCUGCAGAACAAGGCAAAAACAGCAACACAACACAUCAGCAAUGUUCCUCGCCACAGUGUUCCCACUUCUGUUGUGCAGAACUAACCAAAUCUGCUACAACUGGAAGCAGUGGUUUGUUUUGGUCACAACCCUGAGGAAGUAUCUUCCAGGGGGUUGCAGGUGAGAAUGAGUGUCCUUAUUCCUCAUACAGCAAACGCAUCCUGUGCAUGGCAUUACAGUGCAGAAGCCAGGUGAGCGUUUGCUGUUGCUUUUUCAUUAGGAGUUGGAUUUGGAAAUCUACAUCACCGUUCUGAAACUGCUGUUGACAUCUGUACAUCAUAUAACGAUCAAACUGCCAUUGACAGCAGUUCCCCUGUUCCCUUUUCACAGCUCCUCUCUUUCUCCAACACGUUCUUGUAUACCUGGAGCUCAAAAGUUCCUUUUUAAAUAUAAAGCAAGUACUGCUAAAUAGAUAUGUGUUAUAUAUAUAUAUAUAUAUGUACAUAUGGGAACAAAAAGUGCUGUGGGAAGGUUUGAUGGCACUGACCUGACACUGAGCUGGUGGCUGAGCUGCUGCCUUAUGGAGCCGGUUGUGUUUAAUUGCUGUCUGUAACUUUUGAAUGGGCAAUGACUGUAUUCCAGUUUUUAUUCUUUGGACAACGAAUUCAUUCCUUCUGUUUUGGAAACAAGCCCUGUAAGUGGAAGCUGUGGGAGUAAGUCAGCUGAGGGUUUUUUGGUUGGUUUUUGUUGUGUGUUUUUUUUUCUUCUCCAUAUUUUAAUUCCCUGCCAAGGUAGCUGGCCAGCUGACUCACCAGAUGGAGCUGUAGGCUCGUUGUUCCCCACUAAGCAGCCCUCAUUCCAUCCCUGACCAAAGCUGUUAUAUGAAUCUGAUGUCUUGGCACCAGCAAGGCAAGCAGCCAGAACCAUUCAGCAGCACAUUUACUGAUCUCUGGUGUGAGAACGAUACGGAUCCGUUUGCUCUUGGUGAUGUAGAGGAGUCCAUGCUGUAGCAUUGGGACAGCAGGGUGAUAAAUGGCUCUGCGGGAUCCCUGGGAGAGAACAGGGCUCGGGCAUGGGCAGCUCAGCAGUAUUUUGGGGAGAGGACUGCUUGGGAAGCAAGGGAGUCCUUCAGAAAGUGGAUUGCUGGGGCGGUGUGUAGGUGAUGGGCAGAGUUCAUAGAGCUCAGGCUGUGCACAUCCCUGAGGGUGUGGAUGCCCCACAGAACCCCCCUUGGUCGAGGGAGGGCAGUGACACAGGGCAGAACUGACUGCAACAACUGGGUUAUGCAGAUGUCUUCAAAGGGCAGAGUGAGAACAGCAGGACACAAAAUCUUGAGCCUAGAAAGCAGCAGCCAGGGAUUCAGGAUGAGCACAAGAUGCUGUUUUACCCCCUCUACCUGCACCCCAGUCAUGUCCUGGAAGCACAGAAGCACAUAUCUGAUCCUUAAUGAGGCCAAGGGAGAAUUUUUUUCAGCUCUCAUUAUGGCAAACCCAAACUCAGCGCACUCUCAAAGUGUCCUUGGUAGAAAUCACAAACAUUUGUUGUUUGCUUUUUUAUUUUCUCUUGUGCUUCAUUAACAGAGCAGAAAUCAAUUGCUCCUGGGGGCUGCAGCCUGAACUGUUCCUGCUUGCUGUGCUGUGAGCAGGCAAGCAGCUACAGGACGUGGAAGAAUGUGUUUGUAGUUAAGGAAUCUGAACGUCCCUGGGAUUCUUUUCUUACUGCUGUCAGGCUGCCCUUGCUGAGGUUUUGUGCCAGAGGCAAAAUGCAGCUUCUCAUUUUCACCUUCAGAGUUUUGCUUUCUGCUUCUCCCAGCGGGUGAUACAGAUAAAUGUUCAGACAGUUUGUCAGAGAGGGCAUCGUUCAAGUGCUUAGAGAAACCUUAAGAAAACCUUUACAUCUUUUUCUUGACACUACAUUGUUGUGAAUGCGCUUCCUGAUCACUUUUGGAAAUAUUCUCUGUGCAGAAAUUAACACAAACUGAGCUUUUAUAGACAAAGUUAUGCCAUUCUGAACACAUUUGAAUAGGAUAAGAAACGUAGAAUGGCUUGGGUUGGAGGGGACCUCAAGAAUCACGAAGUUCCAACCCCCUGCCACCCCCAGGGCCACCAACCUCCCCAUUUCAUAGCAGCCCAGGCUGCCCUGGGCCCCAUCCAACCUGGCCUUGAACACCUCUAGGGAUGGACAGGGCAUCCACAGCCUCUCUGGCAGCUGUUCCAGCACCUCACCACUCUCACAGUAAAGAACUUCCCUUGAGGAGCAGUUAGCAGUGCUCACUGAUGAUGGGGGCUCUCCCAUUCAUCCCUUGGCUGUGUUCUGUUGUGCCAUGUGUUGUCCUAUAGCACUUGGAAGAGGGUUGCUGAGCUGGUGGUGUUCCUGUCUGACAAAACACGUAGUUUGGUUCCCAUCAUCCUUAUUUCUAAAACAAUUAAAGAAACAAAAGAAAUCACACGGCUCAAUUAUAAGACUUGCAAGUAGAGCCCAAGAGAUCAUCACACACAAUUUCAAGCUUAACUCAUUAAGCACCAUAGCCCAGCUUGUUUUCAAAGAAAGAUAAAACCAAAAGCUGGAAAUCCUGCAUGGAAGAUACCUAAGCUGGUGUCUGUCAUUUCUUCAGAAUCCAUUUCCCUCAGUGCUCCCAUGGUGCUCCAACACAACAUUCCUCCCUGCUGCAUGGAUCUGGAAUCCGAACACAUUGAUUUGGAACUGAGAAAAAUUACAGUUGGAAAAACCUUUGCAACGCCUCAGAAUUUGGGUUUGGGGUGUCUGUGAGGCCAUCACUAUUCACAUCACAAUUGCUUUGGGUGGAAGAGGCGUUCUUAAUUGAAAGAAAUGCAGUGGUGCUGCUGCAGCCCAUUGAAUGGAGCAGGGAGGCUGAAGCUCCCCCAGCUCAGCAUUCAAACGCCUCCGCUGUGCGUGUCUGGGGGUGUGGAAGGGCAAAGAGGUGAAAUGCCCUCGGGUCAUCACUGCUGUUUGGAUGGAUUAUUUAUCAUCAGGGUCACCCCACAGGAGAGCACAUCUCCGCUUCACGUUUGGUGACACCUGUUUUCUGUGCCAGGGCAGGGGAAUGGCUGGAAUGGAAUGCAAGCCUUAGGUAACGAGUUCCCUACAGGAACAGGGGGAAACCAGACAGCCCCAACUGCUCCCACCCCUCACAGAGGCAGAGGAGAACUCAGAGGCUCCUGUUGAUGUUCUGAGCAAUGUUUCAAAGUGCUGAAACUCGGUGAAUCGCUUUGGAAUCUCUUCUACAUGCAUGGGGAUGGAUGAGACAGACGUUGCAGGAACGUGCACAGGUGUCCUUCGCUGCUCUGAGAGCACAUUUGCUUUCAGUGGCUGUGAUGAGCUCAGCGCAGGGUCUUCUCUCACAGAAGGGCUCUUCCUGAUUGAUGUAUUUAGCCUGAUAGCAUCUGCAAACACCACAGAAACAUUUGUGGCCUUGAGAUGCAGAAAUCACCCAACCAUCCUCAUUAUUGUCUACAAUUCUGCAAGGAAAAAGAAUACCAUAAAUGAGAUUUUGGAACACGAUGCAUUAAUAACACUUAGGCAUAGCUGCCUUGGGCAUAAGGGCAUCAUCUCUAUCUUUUCUUAGUUGCAUCAUGCAAUGAAAUCAGCCUGGCCACGAUCCUGUGUUUAAAAUAAUCUCAUGUGCUGCACCCAAGCCUUGUGCAAAACACCAGCAGAAGGAGCAGCGUGCAGUGAUCCCACAUUGCAUGUAUUGAAAAUAAGAGAGAAAAAAAAAGGGAGAGCACCUCAGAAAGCAGCACCUGGCUGCUUGCCCCGACAGCCACACUCCUCAGAGCUGAUUUCUGUUAAAUAAAGCAACUUCUCAUUUUGGAAGGAAGCUCUUUCCUUGUUUCUUUCGGUGCGUUUGUGACACAAGAUGCCAGAACCCCAAAAACUACAGAGAAAGUGGGGCUGCAGUGCACACUGCUCCCAUCAACCCGCACUGCUGUCAGACACAAAACCCAACAGCACGAGGAGUUUGGAGGUGGAAGUUGUAGAGUCCUGUCAACCAAGCCACCCCCACGCACCAGUUCUAUUUCACACUGACAAAAGCUGAGAUGAAUGAGUUGCUGUCUGGCCCUUCCCACUUUGGACAGCCAUUGGCUGGCUUGGUUCUAAAAAGGAUUUAAAAAAGGGGAAUGAUUUGCCUGGGCUUGGGAACUGAGGCUGUCAGGGUGCUGAGGAGCCGAGCCGUGAGCUGCCACCAUGCAGAUCUCCUGGGCUGUGUGCUCUGUCUGCGUCCUCAUCCAAAUCGCAUCCCGGGCAGCUGGAGGAUGGCAAGUGUUCAAAAAUGAUGCGACAGAAAUCAUCCCUGAGAUCACCGAAAAUACAGAGACCCCCAUGGAGCAGAUUUACAGCAACAACAACACGAUGAACCAGGCAAAGCACGGGGGAAGGCACAUACAUCACACGCUAACACCCUUCUCCUUUGCAGAUGUCUCCGACUUCAGCUGCAGAGAGAUGCGCAUCACCCGCUACGUGACGGAGGGGCCGUGCCGCAGCCUGAAGCCCGUGAAGGAGCUGGUUUGCUCGGGGCAGUGCGUCCCAUCCCACCUCCUGCCCAACUCCAUCGGCAGAGGGAAGUGGUGGAGGCAGAACUCCCCGGAUUAUCGCUGCAUCCCGGCUCACACCCGCACGCAGCGCAUCCAGAUGGCGUGUCCCGACGAUGAGACUCGGACUUACAAAUUCCGAGCGGUCACAGCCUGCAAGUGCAAGCGAUACACUCGAUACCACAACCAGUCUGAGCUGAAGGACUUUGGGAAGGAGCCUGCCAGGCAGCAGAAGAACAAGAAAUCACGUCUGUCCCGAGCCAGGAGCAGCAAACCGAACCAGCAUGAGCUGGAAAAUGCCUAUUAGGAGGUCGUGCCAAGUGAUGCAGCCCAGCAGCUCUGGAUAUUUUAUACCAUAUACAAAAACGGCAUGCACAGGCCGAGCACAAGGGUCUGACUGCAGGUGGUUCCAAUUCCUUCUGCUACGCUGGGUCUAAGGCUCACAUAGUCAAAAUCCAUCAGAUGAUAGCGGUUAUGGUCUGAUAAGAGAAUGAGAUAAACCGAGCUGGUGGGAGCAGCAGCUACGUUCAGUUUGAGAGGAGGGGACACCCUGGGGGUCAGCAUGAGGCCACCUGGUUUGUACAAGGAGGGGGAGGCGAGGCUGUUAGGGUACAGCCACAGCACACCUGGUUAGGAGUCGUUCUGCUUGUGGACGUGGAAGGAAUGCCACAUCCCUUUCCCUUUUCUGAAUCCCGUGGUGCAGGACAAGUGAGGUGGGGCACUGCAGUCCCAUGGGGUUGGGGAUGCUGGGGUUGGGGAGGCUGGAGCUGGGUCUCAGCUGGAGCCAGGCUGCCAGAAGGGAACGUCCUCUGCCAGGUGUCCUCAUGCCCCAGUGGUUUCCUUCGAGAAAGAAAACCAAAAUAUGACAUUUGUGCUCUUGUAAAUGUGACCAAUCCAUGUCACACUUCUAAUUAGAAUGCUGUAGGGCCAACAGGUUCAGAACUGAGAACUGACAACCAAACCAUCCUAUUCUUUUAGGAGCAAGGGUUUGGGUUAGGACCAGUUAAGCGAGUUCUCCUAAGGGAAGCAGUUUUAGGAAAUGGAUGCUCCUCUCAAGAGAGAUAACCUCACUGAUGUUUGUCUUGUAAACAGCUAAUGAUGUGCACAGUUUAGCAUUUAAAAAAUACUGAUUAGUCCUGCUUUCCUAGUACACAACUGACUUUAGUAUCAACCUAGAUAUCUCAGUGUACAUUUCCUAUUCUGUAGCCUUUGAAUGACUUGGCCAUACACCUUGUAGAGCUAAGACUGUGCAAGCCAAGUUCUGGGAGAAGGGUUCUGCAUGAGAAGUGGGCCUCUGCUAAUCUGAAAGUCAUGAAUUCCUUUAGAAAAAUCUUUGUUAUGUGCAGCUCUGGUACAUCUUUAGUUUGACAGCAACUGUACUUCUCAACAUUCAGACUGAAGUUUGUUUUUCCAUUAAAGAAUAUUACUGGGAAGUGAAUAGCCACACGCUGUACGUAUCCUGUAGAAGUGCUAGGCCUAGAAUCAGACAAACACAACUUGGGAUAAAGGCAGUUCCUCUCUGUUCUUAUUUUCUGUCUAGAGCUUAUGCAGAGAUCAUACCAACUAUGGCAAUUUGCCAUGUUGAUUAUAGAUUUUGCAGUUAUUUUAUGUGGGACCAGAAUCUAGAGAGAAAAGCUAUUGUUUCAAAGAGUGAAUUAUGUAUUUAUUUUGUCUCAAAAAUUAUUUAUGCAACGUUUUCCCUUGUAGAGAAUGAGAAGUUAAACUGCUUGAAAAAUCUU